AUGGAAGUAAAUUAUGAAGGAUAUUGUAAUGACCCCAACCCCAAACUAUCCCCAAAGGCCACAUUUGGUUUCUUUAAAAAGAGAGAGAGAGAGAGAGAGAGAGAAAGCUCACCAGGAGUCCUCGCCGGAGCCACCGCACGCCAGGACGUCGUCAAGCUCGUCAUCACCAUCAACCGCAGCUCGAGGCCAUCAUCGUGUUCCUCUCGUCAAGACGAAGCCGUAGACACCAACCGCGUCACGAUCGGAGCCCGGACGAAGCCGUACGCGCCUCCGGAAGUUUCACCUCCGCGCGCACGGGAGUUCCACGCGCCGCCGCCGGACCACCGUCCUCCGCCGCAGCGCCGCCGCCGGACCACCGUUCUCCGCCGCAGCUCCGCCGUCGCCGCCGGCCAACUUACCGGUAAGCCGCCGCCGUAGCUCCGCCGUCGCCGC